AUAAAUAAAAAAAAAAAAAAAAAAAAAAAUGCCAGGACCUUUGGCACAUUUUAGAAGUUCAUUCAUUACGCGCUGUUAUUUAAAUAUAAAAACACUAGGGUGAAUCUGCAGUAUGGAGGACAAGUACACACCCAGGUGACUAAAAACUAAGAGGACCCCACAAGUUAAAAAAGAUUUUAGUGCUCACCUGAACCACCCUUCUAAUGCACCUGAAAGUCACUUUACUAGACUUUACUUAUCUAAUUUUCCACAAUUUCUCCCAGAGCCCAAGUGGCUGUAAUUAUGGAUCUUGAGCGCGGGUUCCAACAGAGCAGAAGGGAGGCGUACUGGAGCUCAACAACUGGGUCCAGUGGGGAAAUGUGCCCGCGCCCCGGCGCAUUGUGGGUAAUGUAGUCCCGCGCCCACCGGUGAUCUGGCGAGUACGAUCUUGAGCUUCGGAGCCCUCUAAGCAUUUUGGGUAUUGUAGUCCCUCCCAGAGGUAUUGUGGGUAUCGCACUUCCGCUUCGCGCUGUUGUAUUUCUGGACAUUGUGACCAUCUUUUAAAGCUCAUGCUCUGCCUCUGCAACUUGACUCUUGUCUAGGAAGAGCACUCAGCAGACCAAGAAUAUGGCCCCAGGGCUCCUGACAACCAGGGAUGAGGCAUUAAUGGCCUUCAAGGAUGUGGCUGUGGCCUUCACCCAAAAGGAGUGGAAGCUACUGAGUCCUGCUCAGAGGACCCUGUAUCGGGAUGUAAUGCUGGAGAACUACAGCCAUAUGGUGUCGCUGGGAAUCGCCUUUCCUAAACCAAAACUCAUCAUACAACUGGAGCAAGGGGACGAGCCCUGGAGAGAGGAGAGUGAAAGUCUUCUGGACCUUUGUCCAGCAGAACCAAGAACAGAAUUCCAGCCCCAUCUCUCCUGCCCAGUGAGUUUUUCCAGUCCACAGUUCCUCCAUCAAUAUGUGCUCUGCGGUCACUUCCCUCAGAUCUUCCCAGGUUCAUCUGCAGGAAGCCACUUCCUACUAGAAGCUCCAAGCUGCUCGAGUAACAAAGCAGAAGAUGAAGAGAGAGAAGGCUCUUGCACUGUGUUUGGGAGGCUGCGGCUGAGCGGGACUUCAAGGGCAUUCUUCAGCCCAUCUCAAGGUCAGCCAGUAGACCAGGAAGGCAACAGUGGUGGAGGAAUAGAUCAGGGGGUGAUCCCUGAGGAGACAGAUGCAAUGUUGACAGGGGCAGACAUCUCAGAAUCUGGAGCAGUCAUAUGUGAAAAAUACAGACUAGGACUUAGCACAAAGUCAAGCCUCUUUAGCCUCCAGAAGCUUCAUGUGUGCCCUGAAUGUGGCAGAAGCUUCUACCAGAGGUCAGACCUCAUCAAGCACCAGAGGACACACACGGGGGAGAAGCCCUAUAGUUGUAGGGAGUGUGGGCGAGGCUUUGGCCGGAAGUCCUCCCUCACCAUACACCAGAGGAAACACUCAGGGGAGAAGCCCUACAUGUGUAGGGAGUGUGGGCGACACUUCAGGUAUACAUCCUCCCUAACCAACCAUAAGAGGAUACACUCUGGGGAGAGACCCUUUGUAUGUCAGGAGUGUGGGCGAGGCUUUCGCCAGAAGAUUGCCCUCAUCCUGCACCAGAGGACACACUUGGAGGAGAAGCCUUUUGUGUGUCCAGAGUGUGGAAGAGGCUUUUGCCAGAAGGCAUCACUCCUCCAACACCGUAGCUCACAUUCGGCUGAGAGGCCCUUCUUGUGCCUUGAGUGUGGGCGUGGCUUCAGGCAGCAGUCGCUGCUCCUCAGUCAUCAGGUCACACACUCAGGGGAGAAGCCUUAUGUUUGUGCCGAGUGUGGGCACAGCUUUCGCCAAAAGGUCACUCUCAUCAGACACCAGAGAACACACACAGGGGAGAAGCCUUACAUGUGCUCUGAGUGUGGGCGUGGCUUUAGCCAGAAAGUCUCCCUCAUGGGCCACCAGAGGACACACACGGGUGAGAAGCCUUAUGUGUGCCCUGAGUGUGGGCGUGGUUUUGGUCAGAAGGUCACCCUCAUCAGACACCAGAGGACGCAUACUGGGGAGAAGCCUUAUCUGUGCUCUGAGUGUGGACGUACCUUUGGCUUCAAGUCACUCCUCACCAGACACCAGAGGACACAUUCAGGGGAGGAGGCUGAUGUGUACGGAGUAUGUGAGCAAAGACUUGGUCAGAAGACCCACCUCACCUCUGACCAGAGGACAUACUCAGGAGAAAAGCCGUGUGUGUGUGAUGAGUGUGGACGUGGCUUUGGCUUCAAGUCAGCCCUCAUCAGACAUCAGCGGACCCAUUCAGGAGAGAAGCCAUAUGUGUGCAGGGAGUGCGGUCGUGGCUUUAGCCAGAAGUCUCACCUCCACAGACAUAAGAGGACCAAGUCUGGCCAUCACCUCCUGCCACAAGAGCUGUUCUCUUGACGUUUCCUUUCUUUUCCCCAUGAGUGUGUAGAUGGCAGAAAUCACUAGGAAAUGUUCCACUUUCCUUAAAUUCAGUCGAGGAAAAAAAUGUUGCAUUCUUUCAGUGAUCUUAAGAUAGUUGAUUUAUGGUUUACUUCUUGCACUAGCAAUGUG